AUGCAAUCCAUUAUCGUAUUAUCACUACUAGUUCUCGCUGUAACUGUACUUUCAGCACCAUCAUCUCAGUCACAACCAAAACCAUCUCCACCGGGUCCACCAAGUGGUGAAAACAGUAGUGGACCACGAGGACCACCAAUCGGAGGAAGCGGCAGUGGUCCACAAGACCCGCCAAGUGGUGGAAACAGUAGUGGACCACGAGGGCCACCAAUCAGAGGAAGCGGCAGUGGUCCACAAGGCCCACCAAGUGGCGGAAACAGUAGUGGACCACGAGGGGCAACAA